AUGGUCAAUAACGGGGGUUGGCUCGAUGAAGUUCUCUGGGUUGCCAACACAAAAGACAGCGAGGAUCUUCAAUACCUGGAUGAGAUAAUUGCCAGCGACCCCGUCCGGCACAAGAAGCUCACUUUACCAGGCGAUACAAUGUGGGUGUAUACAUUUUCUGAAGCCUGGAAGCACUUGGAGCGGGGCAAGUUUUAUGUCAAGAUUGAUGAUGAUAUUGUCUGGAUCGAUGACGACGCUAUACCUCAUCUAGUUACCGGGAAGAUCAAUCACCCUAAUGCGUUUGUCGUUUCCGCCAAUAUUAUCAACAACCCCCCGUUGGGCUUUAUGCACUACCACAUGGGCGCGUUGCAUCCAUACUUUCCUGAAUUAGAGCCGCCGAGCAACAGAUCGAAUUCUUGGAGACCAUCACAAGACCCGCCAUGGGUCGGCACUCAACAGAUCGAAUUCUUGGAGACCUUCACAAGACCCGCCAUGGAUCGGCACAGCUGA